CAGUUCCAUCUACCUCGCGGGUGCCUCUGGCGUCCCCAGAGGUCUCCGACCCCGGCCCGCCCCCAGCCCACCCGCCCGGCCUGCGGCCCCCUCCCCCUAUUUCUCGACCUCAGCCCGGUCUCCUCAGGCCUCUACAUCAUGGGUGACGGAGGAGAGGGCGAGGACGAGGUCCAGUUCCUGCGGACGGAUGAUGAGGUGGUCCUGCAGUGCAGCGCCACUGUGCUCAAGGAGCAACUCAAGCUCUGUCUGGCUGCCGAGGGCUUCGGCAACCGCCUCUGCUUCCUGGAGCCUACCAGCAAUGCCCAGAAUGUGCCCCCCGAUCUGGCCAUCUGUUGCUUCACCCUGGAGCAGUCCCUCUCAGUCCGAGCCCUGCAGGAGAUGCUAGCCAACACCGUGGAGGCUGGUGUGGAGGCCCUCAAUUUGGAUAAGUGGUCGUCCCAAGGCGGGGGACACAGGACGCUCCUGUAUGGCCAUGCCAUCCUACUGCGGCAUGCACACAGCCGCAUGUAUCUGAGCUGCCUCACCACCUCCCGCUCCAUGACUGACAAGCUGGCCUUUGACGUGGGACUGCAGGAGGAUGCGACAGGAGAGGCCUGUUGGUGGACGAUGCACCCAGCCUCCAAGCAGAGGUCCGAAGGAGAAAAGGUCCGCGUGGGGGACGACCUUAUCCUUGUCAGUGUCUCCUCUGAGCGGUAUCUGCACCUGUCGACAGCCAGUGGGGAGCUCCAGGUUGACGCCUCCUUCAUGCAGACCCUGUGGAACAUGAACCCCAUCUGCUCUGGCUGUGAAGAGGGCUAUGUGACAGGGGGCCAUGUCCUCCGCCUCUUUCAUGGACACAUGGAUGAGUGUCUGACCAUUUCCCCUGCUGACAGUGAGGACCAGCGCAGACUUGUCUACUACGAGGGGGGAGCUGUGUGCACUCACGCCCGCUCCCUCUGGAGGCUGGAGCCACUGAGAAUAAGCUGGAGUGGGAGCCACCUGCGCUGGGGCCAGCCGCUUCGAAUCCGGCAUGUCACCACCGGGCGGUACCUGGCGCUCACCGAGGACCAAGGUCUCGUGGUGGUUGAUGCCAGCAAGGCCCACACGAAGGCUACCUCCUUCUGCUUCCGCAUCUCCAAGGAGAAGCUGGAUGUGGCCCCCAAGCGGGACGUAGAGGGCAUGGGCCCCCCUGAGAUCAAGUAUGGGGAGUCACUAUGCUUUGUACAGCAUGUGGCCUCAGGCCUGUGGCUCACCUAUGCUGCCCCAGACCCCAAGGCCCUGCGGCUUGGCGUGCUUAAGAAGAAGGCCAUGCUGCACCAGGAAGGCCACAUGGAUGAUGCGCUGUCGCUGACCCGCUGUCAGCAGGAGGAAUCCCAGGCUGCCCGCAUGAUCCACAGCACUGCUGCCCUGUACAACCAGUUCAUCAAGGGCUUGGACAGCUUCAGCGGGAAGCCACGGGGCUCGGGGCCGCCGGCUGGCCAGGCGCUGCCCAUCGAGGGCGUCGUCCUGAGCCUGCAGGACCUCAUCGGCUACUUCGAGCCGCCCUCCGAGGAGCUGCAGCACGAGGAGAAGCAGAGCAAGUUGCGCAGCCUGCGCAACCGCCAGAGCCUCUUCCAGGAGGAGGGGAUGCUCUCCCUGGUCCUGAAUUGCAUUGACCGCCUAAAUGUCUACACCACUGCUGCCCACUUUGCUGAAUUUGCAGGGGAGGAGGCAGCUGAGUCCUGGAAAGAGAUUGUGAAUCUGCUCUAUGAACUCUUGGCCUCUUUGAUUCGUGGCAAUCGUACCAACUGUGCCCUCUUCUCCACGAACUUGGAUUGGCUGGUCAGCAAGCUGGAUCGGCUGGAGGCCUCGUCUGGCAUCCUGGAGGUGCUGUACUGUGUCCUGAUUGAGAGUCCAGAGGUCCUGAACAUCAUUCAGGAGAACCACAUCAAGUCCAUCAUCUCCCUCCUGGACAAGCACGGGAGGAACCACAAGGUUCUGGAUGUGCUAUGUUCCCUGUGUGUAUGCAAUGGCGUGGCCGUGCGCUCCAACCAAGAUCUCAUUACUGAGAACUUGCUCCCUGGCCGUGAGCUUCUGCUGCAGACAAACCUCAUCAACUAUGUCACCAGCAUCCGCCCCAACAUCUUUGUGGGCCGAGCAGAGGGCACCACCCAGUACAGCAAAUGGUACUUUGAGGUGAUGGUGGACGAGGUGGCUCCAUUUCUGACAGCACAGGCCACCCACCUGCGGGUGGGCUGGGCCCUCACUGAGGGCUACAGCCCCUACCCUGGGGGCGGCGAGGGCUGGGGCGGCAACGGGGUCGGCGAUGACCUCUAUUCCUACGGAUUUGAUGGGCUGCAUCUCUGGACAGGACACGUAGCACGUCCGGUGACUUCCCCAGGGCAGCACCUCCUGGCCCCUGAGGAUGUGGUCAGCUGCUGCCUGGAUCUCAGUGUGCCAUCCAUCUCCUUCCGCAUCAAUGGCUGUCCUGUGCAGGGCGUCUUUGAGGCCUUCAACCUUGAUGGGCUCUUCUUCCCUGUCGUGAGCUUCUCAGCUGGUGUCAAGGUGCGGUUCCUCCUUGGUGGCCGCCAUGGUGAAUUCAAGUUCCUCCCCCCACCUGGCUAUGCUCCAUGCCAUGAGGCUGUGCUCCCUCGAGAGCGUCUCCAUCUUGAACCCAUCAAGGAGUAUCGACGAGAGGGGCCCCGUGGACCCCACCUGGUGGGCCCCAGUCGUUGCCUCUCACACACCGACUUUGUGCCCUAUCCUGUGGACACCGUCCAGAUUGUCCUGCCCCCCCAUCUGGAGCGCAUUAGGGAGAAGCUGGCGGAGAACAUCCACGAACUCUGGGCGCUGACCCGCAUCGAGCAGGGCUGGACCUACGGCCCGGUUCGGGAUGACAACAAGAGGCUGCACCCAUGUCUUGUGGACUUCCACAGCCUACCAGAGCCCGAGAGGAAUUACAACCUGCAGAUGUCGGGGGAGACGCUCAAGACUCUGCUGGCGCUGGGCUGCCAUGUGGGCAUGGCAGACGAGAAGGCGGAGGACAACCUGAAGAAGACAAAACUCCCCAAGACGUAUAUGAUGAGCAACGGGUACAAGCCGGCCCCGCUGGACCUGAGCCACGUGCGGCUGACGCCUGCGCAGACAACACUGGUGGAUCGGCUGGCAGAGAAUGGGCACAAUGUGUGGGCACGUGACCGUGUGGCCCAAGGCUGGAGCUACAGCGCUGUGCAGGACAUCCCCGCACGCCGAAACCCUCGCCUCGUGCCCUACCGCCUACUGGAUGAGGCCACCAAGCGCAGCAACCGGGACAGCCUCUGCCAGGCCGUGCGUACCCUGCUGGGCUACGGCUAUAACAUUGAGCCGCCUGACCAGGAGCCCAGUCAGGUGGAGAGCCAGUCUCGUUGGGACCGAGUGCGCAUCUUCCGGGCAGAGAAAUCCUAUGCAGUGCAGAGUGGCCGCUGGUACUUUGAGUUCGAGGCAGUCACCACGGGCGAGAUGCGAGUGGGCUGGGCGAGGCCCGAGCUGCGGCCUGACAUAGAGCUGGGAGCCGAUGAGCUGGCCUAUGUCUUCAAUGGGCACCGUGGCCAGCGCUGGCACUUGGGCAGUGAGCCAUUCGGGCGCCCCUGGCAGUCAGGCGAUGUCGUUGGCUGUAUGAUUGACCUCACAGAGAACACCAUUAUCUUCACCCUCAAUGGCGAGGUCCUCAUGUCUGACUCAGGCUCUGAAACAGCCUUCCGGGAGAUUGAGACUGGGGAUGGCUUCCUGCCCGUCUGCAGCUUGGGACCUGGCCAGGUGGGUCACCUGAACUUGGGCCAGGAUGUGAGCUCCCUCCGGUUCUUUGCCAUCUGCGGCCUCCAGGAAGGCUUUGAGCCAUUCGCCAUCAACAUGCAGCGCCCAGUCACCACCUGGUUCAGCAAAAGCCUUCCCCAGUUUCAGGCUGUGCCUCUUGAACACCCCCACUAUGAGGUGGCCCGCAUGGAUGGUACCGUGGAUACACCUCCCUGCCUGCGCCUGACCCACCGCACCUGGGGCUCCCAGAACAGUCUGGUGGAGAUGCUCUUUCUCCGGCUGAGCCUUCCAGUCCAGUUCCACCAGCACUUCCGCUGCACCGCAGGGGCCACCCCCCUGGCCUCCCCUGGCCUGCAGCCUCCCGCUGAGGACGAGGCACGAGCAGCAGAGCCCGACCCUGACUAUGAAAACCUGCGCCGCUCAGCUGGGCGCUGGGGCGAGGCUGAGGGGGGCAAAGAGGGAACUGCCAAGGAGGGGGCGCCUGGGGGCACCCCCCAGGCUGGGGUAGAGGCCCAGCCCAUCAGGGCAGAGAAUGAGAAGGAUGCGACCACAGAGAAGAACAAGAAGAGAGGGUUCUUAUUCAAGGCCAAGAAGGCUGCCAUGAUGACCCAGCCACCAGCCACCCCUGCUAUGCCCCGCCUCCCUCACGACGUGGUGCCCGCUGACAACCGGGAUGACCCUGAGCUCAUCCUCAGCACCACCACGUACUAUUACUCCGUGAGAGUCUUCGCUGGUCAGGAACCCAGCUGUGUGUGGGUAGGCUGGGUCACCCCCGACUACCAUCAGCAUGACAUGAACUUUGACCUCAGCAAGGUCCGGGCAGUGACCGUGACCAUGGGGGAUGAACAAGGCAACGUCCACAGCAGCCUCAAGUGCAGCAACUGCUACAUGGUGUGGGGUGGGGACUUUGUGAGCCCUGGGCAGCAGGGCCGGAUCAGCCACACGGAUCUUGUCAUUGGCUGCCUGGUGGACUUAGCCACUGGCUUGAUGACCUUUACGGCCAAUGGCAAAGAGAGCAACACCUUUUUCCAGGUGGAACCCAACACAAAGCUGUUUCCUGCCAUCUUUGUCCUGCCUACCCACCAGAAUGUCGUCCAGUUUGAGUUGGGAAAGCAGAAGAACAUCAUGCCGCUGUCAGCCGCCAUGUUCCUGAGCGAGCGAAAGAACCCAGCCCCUCAGUGCCCUCCACGGCUGGAGAUGCAGAUGCUGAUGCCCGUUUCCUGGAGCCGCAUGCCCAACCGCUUCCUGCAGGUGGAGACACGGCGCGCCGGCGAACGGCUGGGCUGGGCCGUGCAGUGCCAGGAGCCGCUGACCAUGAUGGCACUGCACAUCCCCGAGGAGAACCGGUGCAUGGACAUCCUGGAACUGUCGGAGCGCCUGGACCUGCAGCGCUUCCACUCACACACCCUCCGCCUCUACCGCGCCGUGUGCGCGCUGGGCAACAACCGCGUGGCGCACGCUCUGUGCAGCCACGUGGACCAGGCGCAGCUGCUGCACGCCCUGGAGGACGCGCACCUGCCCGGCCCGCUGCGCGCGGGCUACUACGACCUCCUCAUCAGCAUCCACCUUGAAAGUGCCUGUCGCAGCCGCCGCUCCAUGCUGUCUGAGUACAUCGUGCCCCUCACCUCUGAGACCCGCGCCAUCACGCUCUUCCCACCUGGAAGAAGCGUGGAAAAUGGUCCCCGCCGCCACGGCCUUCCUGGCGUUGGAGUCUUCACCUCGCUCAGGCCCCCGCACCAUUUCUCACCCCCCUGUUUCGUGGCCGCCCUGCCAGUAGCAGAAUCCCCGGCCAGGCUCAGCCCCAGCAUCCCUCUGGAGGCCCUGCGAGAUAAGGCACUGAGAAUGCUGGGAGAGGCUGUGAGAGAUGGCGGGCAGCACGCACGCGACCCCGUCGGGGGCUCUGUGGAGUUCCAGUUCGUGCCCGUGCUCAAGCUCGUGUCUACCCUGCUGGUGAUGGGUGUCUUUGGUGACGAGGAUGUGAAGCAGAUCCUGAAGAUGAUUGAGCCUGAAGUAUUCACUGAGGAAGAAGAGGAAGAGGAGGAGGAGGAAGAAGAGGAGGAAGAGGAGGAUGAGGAGGAGAAAGAGGAGGAUGAGGAGGAAGAGGCACAGGAGAAGGAAGAUGAGGAAAAAGAGGAAGAGGAGGCAGCAGAAGGGGAAAAAGAAGAAGGCUUGGAGGAGGGGCUGCUCCAGAUGAAGUUGCCGGAGUCUGUGAAGUUACAGAUGUGCCAUCUGCUAGAAUAUUUCUGUGACCAAGAGCUGCAGCACCGUGUGGAGUCCCUGGCAGCCUUUGCAGAGCGCUAUGUGGACAAGCUCCAGGCCAACCAGCGGGACCGCUAUGGUCUCCUUAUGAAAGCCUUCACCAUGUCUGCAGCUGAGACCGCAAGACGUACUCGCGAAUUCCGCUCGCCACCUCAGGAGCAGAUCAACUUGUUAUUGCACUUCAAAGAUGGUGCAGAUGAGGAAGAUUGUCCUCUCCCUGAAGAGAUUCGACAGGAUUUGCUUGAGUUUCAUCAAGAUCUGCUGGCACACUGUGGAAUUCAGCUGGAGGGAGAGGAGGAGGAACCAGAGGAAGAGUCCACCCUUGGCAGCCGCCUCAUGAGCCUUUUGGAGAAAGUUCGGCUGGUGAAGAAGAAGGAAGAGAAACCCAAGGAGGAGCUGUCAGCCGAGGACAGCAAACCCCGGUCCCUGCAGGAGCUGGUAUCCCACACUGUGGUGCGCUGGGCCCAAGAGGACUUUGUGCAGAGCCCCGAGCUGGUCCGGGCCAUGUUCAGCCUCCUACACCGGCAGUAUGACGGGCUCGGCGAGCUGCUGCGCGCCCUGCCACGGGCCUACACCAUCGCGCCACCGUCCAUGGAGGACACCAUGAGUCUGCUCGAGUGCCUCGGCCAGAUCCGCUCACUGCUCAUUGUGCAGAUGGGUCCCCAGGAGGAGAACCUCAUGAUUCAGAGCAUUGGCAACAUCAUGAACAAUAAAGUCUUCUACCAACACCCAAACCUGAUGAGGGCACUGGGCAUGCACGAGACAGUCAUGGAGGUCAUGGUGAAUGUCCUUGGGGGUGGUGAAUCCAAGGAGAUCCGCUUCCCCAAGAUGGUGACAAGCUGCUGCCGCUUCCUCUGCUACUUCUGCCGCAUCAGCCGGCAGAACCAGCGCUCCAUGUUUGACCACCUAAGCUAUCUGCUGGAGAACAGCGGCAUUGGCCUCGGCAUGCAGGGCUCCACACCCCUGGACGUGGCAGCUGCCUCUGUUAUUGACAACAAUGAGCUGGCCUUGGCGUUGCAGGAGCAGGACCUGGAAAAGGUUGUGUCCUAUCUGGCAGGCUGUGGCCUCCAAAGCUGCCCCAUGCUCCUGGCCAAAGGGUACCCAGACAUUGGCUGGAACCCCUGCGGCGGUGAGCGCUACCUGGACUUCCUGCGCUUUGCUGUCUUCGUCAACGGCGAGAGCGUGGAGGAGAAUGCCAACGUGGUGGUGCGGCUGCUCAUCCGCAAGCCCGAGUGCUUCGGGCCUGCCCUGCGGGGUGAGGGUGGCUCAGGGCUGUUGGCUGCCAUCGAAGAGGCCAUCCGCAUCUCCGAGGACCCCGCACGGGACGGUCCUGGUGUCCGCAGGGACCGGCGGCGUGAGCACUUCGGUGACGAGCCCCCUGAAGAAAACCGGGUGCACCUGGGACAUGCCAUCAUGUCCUUCUAUGCUGCCUUGAUCGACCUGCUCGGACGCUGUGCACCAGAGAUGCACCUAAUUCAAGCCGGCAAGGGCGAGGCCCUGCGGAUCCGUGCCAUCCUGCGUUCCCUUGUGCCCUUGGACGACCUCGUGGGCAUCAUCAGCCUCCCACUGCAGAUCCCUACCCUGGGCAAGGAUGGGGCUCUGGUCCAACCAAAGAUGUCGGCAUCCUUCGUGCCAGACCACAAGGCAUCCAUGGUGCUCUUCCUGGACCGUGUAUACGGCAUUGAGAACCAGGACUUCUUGCUACAUGUGCUGGAUGUGGGGUUCCUGCCUGACAUGAGGGCAGCUGCCUCGCUGGACACAGCCACUUUCAGCACCACAGAGAUGGCGCUGGCGCUGAACCGCUACUUGUGCCUGGCCGUGCUGCCACUCAUCACAAAGUGUGCGCCACUCUUUGCGGGAACCGAGCAUCGCGCCAUCAUGGUGGACUCCAUGCUUCACACAGUGUACCGCCUGUCCCGCGGCCGCUCGCUCACAAAGGCACAGCGUGAUGUCAUCGAAGACUGCCUUAUGGCGCUGUGCAGGUACAUCCGCCCAUCCAUGCUGCAGCAUCUGCUGCGGCGCCUGGUGUUCGACGUGCCCAUCCUUAAUGAGUUUGCCAAGAUGCCACUCAAGCUCCUCACCAACCACUAUGAGCGGUGUUGGAAGUACUACUGCCUCCCCACCGGCUGGGCCAACUUCGGGGUCACUUCGGAGGAAGAGCUACACCUCACGCGUAAACUCUUCUGGGGCAUCUUUGACUCUCUGGCCCACAAGAAGUACGACCCGGAGCUGUACCGCAUGGCCAUGCCUUGUCUCUGCGCCAUCGCAGGGGCCCUGCCCCCAGACUAUGUGGACGCCUCAUACUCCUCCAAGGCCGAGAAAAAGGCCACAGUGGAUGCUGAAGGCAACUUUGAUCCCCGGCCUGUGGAGACCCUCAAUGUGAUCAUCCCAGAGAAGCUUGACUCCUUCAUUAACAAGUUUGCAGAGCACACACACGAGAAGUGGGCCUUCGACAAGAUCCAGAACAACUGGUCCUAUGGAGAGAACAUAGACGAGGAACUGAAGACCCACCCUAUGCUGAGGCCCUACAAGACCUUUUCAGAGAAGGACAAAGAGAUUUACCGUUGGCCCAUCAAGGAGUCCUUGAAAGCCAUGAUUGCCUGGGAAUGGACUAUAGAGAAGGCCAGGGAGGGUGAGGAGGAGAAGACAGAGAAGAAAAAGACACGGAAGAUAUCACAAAGUGCCCAGACCUACGAUCCGCGAGAAGGCUACAACCCCCAGCCCCCAGACCUUAGCAUAGUUACCCUGUCCCGGGAGCUACAGGCCAUGGCAGAACAACUGGCGGAAAAUUAUCAUAACACGUGGGGCCGAAAGAAGAAGCAGGAGCUGGAGGCCAAGGGCGGUGGGACUCACCCCUUGCUGGUCCCCUACGACACGCUCACGGCCAAGGAGAAGGCACGGGAUCGAGAGAAGGCCCAGGAGCUGCUGAAAUUCCUUCAGAUGAACGGCUACGCGGUCACUAGAGGCCUUAAGGACAUGGAACUAGACUCGUCUUCCAUUGAGAAGCGGUUUGCCUUUGGCUUCCUGCAGCAGUUGCUGCGCUGGAUGGACAUUUCCCAGGAAUUCAUCGCCCACCUGGAGGCUGUGGUCAGCAGUGGACGAGUGGAAAAGUCCCCACAUGAACAGGAGAUUAAAUUCUUUGCCAAGAUCCUGCUCCCUUUGAUCAACCAGUACUUCACCAACCACUGCCUCUAUUUCCUGUCCACACCCGCCAAAGUGCUGGGCAGUGGUGGCCACGCCUCCAACAAGGAGAAGGAAAUGAUUACCAGCCUCUUCUGCAAACUUGCUGCUCUUGUCCGCCACCGAGUCUCUCUCUUUGGGACAGAUGCCCCAGCUGUGGUAAACUGUCUUCACAUCCUGGCACGCUCCCUGGAUGCCAGGACGGUGAUGAAGUCUGGCCCUGAGAUCGUGAAGGCCGGCCUCCGCUCCUUCUUUGAGAGUGCCUCGGAAGACAUUGAGAAGAUGGUGGAGAACCUGCGGCUUGGCAAGGUGUCCCAGGCGCGCACUCAGGUGAAGGGCGUGGGCCAGAACCUCACCUACACCACCGUGGCCCUGCUGCCUGUCCUCACCACCCUCUUCCAGCACAUCGCCCAGCACCAGUUCGGAGACGAUGUCAUCCUGGACGACGUCCAAGUCUCUUGCUACCGAACGCUGUGCAGUAUCUACUCGCUGGGAACCACCAAGAACAUUUAUGUGGAAAAGCUGCGGCCAGCUCUCGGGGAGUGCCUGGCCCGCCUGGCAGCGGCCAUGCCGGUGGCGUUCCUGGAGCCUCAGCUGAAUGAGUAUAACGCCUGCUCAGUAUACACCACCAAGUCUCCCCGGGAGCGGGCCAUCCUGGGGCUCCCCAACAGCGUGGAGGAGAUGUGUCCUGACAUCCCAGUGCUGGAGCGGCUCAUGGCAGACAUCAAGGGGCUGGCUGAGUCGGGGGCCCGCUACACAGAGAUGCCACACGUCAUCGAGAUCACGCUGCCCAUGCUGUGCAGCUACCUGCCCCGCUGGUGGGAGCGUGGGCCUGAGGCACCCCCACCAGCCCUGCCCGCAGGUGCCCUCCCACCCUGCACAGCCGUCACCUCCGACCACCUCAACUCCCUGUUGGGAAAUAUCCUGCGAAUCAUUGUCAACAACCUGGGCAUUGAUGAGGCCUCCUGGAUGAAGCGGCUCGCUGUGUUUGCCCAGCCCAUAGUGAGCCGGGCCAGGCCCGAGCUGCUGCGCUCACACUUCAUCCCCACCAUCGGGCGGCUGUGCAAGCGGGCAGGGAAAGUGGUGUCCGAGGAGGAGCAGCUGCGCCUGGAGGCCAAGGCGGAAGCCCAGGAGGGCGAGCUUCUGGUGCGGGAUGAGUUCUCUGUGCUCUGCCGGGACCUGUAUGCCCUGUAUCCGCUGCUCAUCCGCUACGUGGACAACAACAGGGCACAAUGGCUGACAGAGCCCAACCCCAGCGCGGAGGAGCUGUUCAGGAUGGUGGGCGAGAUCUUCAUCUACUGGUCCAAGUCCCACAACUUUAAGCGUGAGGAGCAGAACUUCGUGGUCCAGAACGAGAUCAACAACAUGUCCUUUCUGACUGCUGACAACAAAAGCAAGAUGGCCAAGUCGGGUGGCUCGGACCAGGAACGCACCAAGAAGAAGCGUCGAGGGGACCGGUACUCAGUGCAGACAUCACUGAUUGUGGCCACGCUCAAGAAGAUGCUGCCCAUCGGCCUGAAUAUGUGUGCACCCACCGACCAGGACCUCAUCGUGCUGGCCAAGACCCGCUAUGCCCUGAAAGACACAGAUGAGGAGGUCCGGGAAUUUCUGCAAAACAACCUUCACCUUCAGGGAAAGGUCGAAGGCUCCCCGUCUCUGCGCUGGCAGAUGGCCCUGUACCGGGGCCUCCCGGGCCGCGAGGAGGACGCCGACGACCCCGAGAAAAUCGUGCGCAGAGUCCAGGAAGUGUCCGCUGUGCUCUACCAUCUGGACCAGACUGAGCACCCUUACAAGUCCAAGAAGGCCGUGUGGCACAAGCUCUUGUCCAAGCAGCGCCGGCGGGCGGUUGUGGCCUGUUUCCGCAUGACACCCCUGUACAAUUUGCCCACGCACCGGGCAUGUAACAUGUUCCUGGAGAGCUACAAGGCUGCCUGGAUCCUGACUGAAGACCACAGUUUUGAGGACCGCAUGAUAGAUGACCUUUCAAGAGCUGGGGAGCAGGAAGAAGAGGAGGAAGAAGUAGAGGAGAAGAAGCCAGAUCCCCUGCAUCAGCUGGUUCUGCACUUCAGCCGCACUGCCCUGACUGAAAAGAGCAAACUGGAUGAGGAUUACCUGUAUAUGGCGUAUGCGGAUAUCAUGGCAAAGAGCUGCCACCUGGAGGAGGGAGGGGAGAACGGCGAAGCUGAAGAAGAGGAGGUUGAGGUUUCCUUUGAGGAGAAAGAGAUGGAGAAGCAGAGGCUCCUGUACCAGCAGUCACGUCUGCACAACCGGGGGGCUGCCGAGAUGGUGCUCCAGAUGAUCAGCGCCUGCAAAGGAGAGACGGGUGCCAUGGUGUCCUCCACCCUGAAGCUGGGCAUCUCUAUCCUCAAUGGAGGCAAUGCUGAUGUGCAGCAGAAAAUGCUGGAUUAUCUGAAGGACAAGAAGGAAGUCGGCUUCUUCCAGAGUAUCCAGGCACUGAUGCAAACAUGCAGUGUCCUGGAUCUCAAUGCCUUCGAGAGACAGAACAAGGCAGAGGGACUGGGCAUGGUGAAUGAGGAUGGAACUGUCAUCAAUCGCCAGAACGGAGAGAAGGUCAUGGCAGAUGAUGAAUUCACACAAGACCUGUUCCGAUUCCUGCAAUUGCUCUGCGAGGGGCAUAAUAAUGAUUUCCAAAACUACCUACGAACGCAGACAGGGAACACGACCACUAUUAACAUCAUCAUCUGCACCGUGGACUACCUCCUGCGGCUGCAGGAAUCCAUCAGUGACUUCUACUGGUACUACUCAGGCAAGGAUGUCAUUGAAGAGCAGGGCAAGAGGAACUUCUCCAAAGCCAUGUCGGUGGCUAAACAGGUGUUCAACAGCCUCACUGAGUACAUCCAGGGCCCCUGCACCGGGAACCAGCAGAGCCUGGCACACAGCCGCCUCUGGGACGCAGUGGUGGGAUUCCUGCACGUAUUUGCUCACAUGAUGAUGAAGCUCGCUCAGGACUCAAGCCAGCUCGAGCUGUUGAAGGAGCUGCUGGAUCUACAGAAGGACAUGGUGGUGAUGUUGCUGUCACUGCUAGAAGGGAACGUGGUGAACGGCAUGAUUGCCCGGCAGAUGGUGGACAUGCUGGUGGAAUCCUCGUCCAAUGUGGAAAUGAUCCUUAAGUUCUUCGACAUGUUCCUGAAACUCAAGGACAUCGUGGGCUCUGAGGCCUUUCAGGACUACAUCACCGAUCCCCGUGGCCUCAUCUCCAAGAAGGACUUCCAGAAGGCCAUGGACAGCCAGAAGCAGUUCACCAGUCCAGAAAUCCAGUUCCUGCUUUCGUGCUCUGAAGCGGAUGAGAACGAAAUGAUCAACUGCGAGGAGUUCGCCAACCGCUUCCAGGAGCCAGCUCGCGACAUCGGCUUCAACGUGGCGGUUCUGCUAACCAACCUGUCAGAGCACGUGCCACACGACCCGCGCCUGCACAACUUCCUGGAGCUGGCUGAGAGCAUCCUCGAUUACUUCCGGCCCUACCUGGGCCGCAUCGAGAUCAUGGGCUCCUCACGCCGCAUCGAGCGUAUCUACUUUGAGAUCUCGGAGACCAACCGUGCCCAGUGGGAGAUGCCUCAGGUGAAGGAGUCGAAGCGCCAGUUCAUCUUCGACGUGGUGAACGAGGGCGGCGAGGCAGAGAAGAUGGAGCUCUUCGUGAGCUUCUGCGAGGACACCAUCUUCGAGAUGCAGAUCGCCGCGCAGAUCUCGGAGCCCGAGGGCGAGCCCGAGGCGGACGACGACGAGGGCGCGGCCGAGGCGGGCGCCGACGGAGCCGAGGAGGGCGCGGCGGGGCCCGAGGGCGCGGCGGGCCCGGCGGCGGCGGGCGUGGCGGCGCGCGUGGCGGCGGCGGCCGGCCGGGCCCUGCGCGGCCUCAGCUACCGCAGCCUGCGGCGGCGCGUGCGGCGGCUGCGGCGGCUGACGGCGCGCGAGGCGGCCGCGGCGGUGGCCGCGCUGCUCUGGGCGGCCGUGGCGCGCGCGGGGGCGGCGGGCGCGGGGGCGGCGGCGGGCGCGCUGCGCCUGCUCUGGGGCUCGCUCUUCGGGGGAGGCCUCGUGGAGGGCGCCAAGAAGGUGACGGUGACCGAGCUCCUGGCGGGCAUGCCCGACCCCACCGGCGACGAGGUGCACGGGGAGCAGCCGGCCGGGCCCGGCGGAGACGCCGACGGCGAGGGCGCGGGCGAGGGCGCGGGCGACGCCGCCGAGGGCGCGGGCGACGAGGAGGCGGCAGCGCGCGAGGCCGUGCCUGGCAUCGCCGACGGAGCCGGGGCCGGAGCCGACGGGGGUCCCUUCCGGCCCGAAGGGGCUGGCGGUCUUGGGGACAUGGGUGACAUGACGCCGGCGGAGCCGCCCACGCCCGAGGGCUCCCCCAUCCUCAAGAGGAAGCUGGGGGUGGAUGGCGUGGAAGAGGAUCUGCCUCCAGAACCGGAGCCCGAGCCCGAGCCAGAGCCGGAGCCCGAGCCAGAGAAAGCAGAUGCUGAGAAUGGGGAGAAAGAAGAAGUCCCCAGGCCCCCACCGGAGCCCCCCAAGAAGACAGCAUCUCCUUCACCCCCUCCAAAGAAGGAGGAAGCUGGAAGCGAAUUCUGGGCAGAAUUGGAAGUGCAGAGGGUGAAAUUCUUGAACUACCUCUCCCGGAACUUUUAUACCCUGCGGUUCCUUGCCCUCUUCUUGGCAUUUGCCAUCAACUUCAUCUUGCUGUUUUAUAAGGUCUCAGAUUCUCCACCAGGGGAGGAUGACAUGGAGGGCUCAGCAGCUGGGGACCUGUCAGGUGCAGGGUCUGGUGGCAGCUCUGGCUGGGGCUCAGGGGCCGGUGAGGAGGCAGAGGGCGAUGAGGAUGAGAACAUGGUGUACUACUUCCUGGAGGAGAGCACGGGCUAUAUGGAACCUGCCCUGCGGUGCUUGAGCCUGCUGCAUACACUGGUGGCCUUUCUCUGCAUCAUUGGCUACAACUGCCUCAAGGUGCCCCUGGUGAUCUUUAAGCGGGAGAAGGAGCUGGCCCGAAAGCUGGAGUUUGAUGGUCUCUACAUCACGGAGCAGCCUGAGGACGAUGACGUGAAGGGGCAGUGGGACCGACUGGUGCUCAACACGCCGUCUUUCCCCAGCAACUACUGGGACAAGUUUGUCAAGCGGAAGGUCCUGGACAAACAUGGGGACAUCUACGGGCGGGAGCGGAUUGCCGAGCUGCUGGGCAUGGAUCUGGCCACGCUGGAGAUCACAGCCCACAACGAGCGCAAGCCAGACCCCCCACCAGGACUGCUGACCUGGCUCAUGUCCAUCGAUGUCAAGUACCAGAUCUGGAAGUUUGGGGUCAUCUUCACAGACAAUUCUUUCCUGUACCUGGGCUGGUACAUGGUGAUGUCCGUCCUGGGGCACUACAACAACUUCUUCUUUGCCGCCCACCUCCUGGAUAUUGCCAUGGGGGUCAAGACGCUGCGCACCAUCCUCUCCUCUGUCACCCACAAUGGGAAGCAGCUGGUGAUGACCGUGGGCCUCCUGGCAGUGGUGGUCUACCUGUACACGGUGGUGGCCUUCAACUUCUUCCGCAAGUUCUACAACAAGAGUGAGGAUGAGGACGAGCCUGACAUGAAGUGUGAUGACAUGAUGACGUGUUAUCUGUUUCACAUGUAUGUGGGUGUCCGGGCUGGCGGAGGCAUCGGGGACGAGAUUGAGGACCCAGCAGGCGACGAAUACGAGCUCUAUCGGGUGGUCUUCGACAUCACCUUUUUCUUCUUCGUCAUUGUCAUCCUGCUGGCCAUCAUCCAGGGUCUGAUCAUCGACGCUUUUGGUGAACUCCGAGACCAGCAAGAGCAAGUGAAGGAGGAUAUGGAGACCAAGUGCUUCAUCUGUGGAAUCGGCAGCGACUACUUCGAUACUACACCACACGGGUUUGAGACACACACGCUAGAGGAGCACAACCUGGCCAAUUACAUGUUUUUCCUGAUGUAUCUGAUAAACAAGGACGAGACAGAACACACGGGUCAGGAGUCUUACGUCUGGAAGAUGUACCAAGAGAGAUGUUGGGAUUUCUUCCCGGCUGGCGAUUGUUUCCGCAAGCAAUACGAGGACCAGCUUAGCUGAGACACCCCCACCUGGCCCUCCGUCCCCACCUCAAGUGCCUUAUUCUCACAGCAAGCCCCUUAGCCCCCAAACCCCUCCCCGCAAGGCAACUGGAGGGGAGAUGACCUUGUACUGGAGAAAUAAAGACUGUGCUACAUUUCCUGGCA